AUGUCGACCAUUCUCCUCCUCCUCGUCGCGUCUGGGGCUUGCCUUGUCGACGGCGGCACCUCCUCCGUGAUCAACUCCACGUGCUCCGGCGGGGCCAACGGCUACGCCAGUCUGUACGACUACUGCGUGCGCACGCUCUGGGCCGACCCGGCGGCGGCGACCUCCCCCGACGUCACCCGGCUCGCCGUUGCCGUCGCCAACCUCACCUCCGCCAACGUCACGUUGACGUCGCGCUUCAUCCAGGGCCUCAUCGGCACCCUCGAGGAAUGCGUCACCCUGUAUAAGGACGUGAACCGAUCAGCGGCCGACGCCUUCGACGACCUCCGCGCCGGGCGAAUCGCCGCGGCACUCCCCAAGCUCCAGUACGCCGCGGGCCAGCCCCGUUGGUGUACGCUGGCGUUGAUGCAGGAUAAUCCUCUAGGACCAAGGGACCCGAUUGACGAUGAGAACACUGCUGCCGAAAGUCUGUUAGACUUGGCGUCCCGCGUAACGAAGGUGGUGCUGAGCAGUCAUAACCGCACCGCGCACCAAGUCUGA